AAGUCCUUUGUGUACACGUGUUGUAGUAACAAAGCCUAGGUGCUUUCAUAACGUGACAACAACAGUCAUUCCCAUUCCCAUUCCCAUCGUCUCUCUUCAACAUAUCUUUCUCUCUACAAAAACACACAUACACUGGUGGUGGGAGGAGCUUAGCUUAAUCUAGCUGCAAUUAUGGCAGGAAGGAAGAGAAGGAAACACCGAUUGUUGUCUGAAACAUUCAAGGAUGAUAAAAGAGUAUCAACGAAAGAAAACGACGAGCAAGAUCAUCAAGAAUCAUGGUCAAUCCUUCCGUCUGAACUUCUCGAACUCAUAAUCUCCCGAUUAACUCUAAAAGACAACAUCCGCACAUCUUCCGUCUGCAAAAAAUGGCUUUCAGUCGCUUUAUCAGUCAGAAAAGUCAACAAACCGCCAUGGCUAAUGUACUUCCCAAAACUCGGCCACCUCUUCGAGUUCUACGACCCAUCAAAACGCAAAACAUACUCUCUCGAAUUACCACAACUCCAUGGAUGCAGAAUCUGUUACAACAAAGACGGAUGGUUAUUACUCUACAAACCAAGAACACAACGCGUCCUAUUCUUUAAUCCCUUCACAAGGGAAAUGAUUAAACUACCAAGAUUCGAAAUGACAUACCAAAUCGUCGCCUUUUCAAACUCCCCCAAAUCCCAAAACUGUAUUCUUUUCACAGUCAAACACGUCAGCCCUACAGUCGUCGCCAUUAGCACCUGUUCACCAAAUGCAACCGAAUGGACUACUGUUAAUUACCAUAAUCGGUUGCCAUUCGUUAGCAGCAUUUGGAACAAACUUGUUUUCUGUAACGGGUUGUUUUACUGUUUGAGUUUAACCGGAUGGCUUGGAGUUUAUGACCCGAUAGAGCACACAUGGAGCAUCCGGAUUGUCCCCCCACCUCGUUGCCCUGAUAAUUUCUUUGUGAAAAAUUGGUGGAAAGGGAAGUUUAUGGCUGAAAAUAAAGGUGAUAUUUUUGUUAUUUACACAUGUUAUAGUGAAAACCCGAUUAUUUAUAAGUUAGAUCAAGAAAAUAAAGAGUGGAUAGAAAUGAAAACGCUUGAAGGUGUGACAUUUGUCAUGAUUGGGGCGAACAAGAUCCAUUUGAAAGUAUUUGGGUCGACCCGCCUGAUGACGUAUCAGCAUUGGAAAGCUAGUGGAGAAGUUGUGAUUAAAGAUCAAUAAGUGGAAAAAAAUGUGUUGUUGAUGUAACAUGAGGAUUGAUGUAUAUUAGGAGAUGCUGUUAGAACCCAAGUAGUAGGAUUUAGAAAGUUACAUAAUUUAUGUAGUUUAUUAUGUAAAAGUAAAGAGAUAACUUUAUCUUUUUCUUGUGAUAAUGGUUGUUUAAUCAUUAAUGUACCUG